UGCAGUGCAGUCCAGUCAGCGCCGGUGGUGCGGUGGCCGGGACCGGGGGAUGUGUGACCGGGGCCCAGAGUAAAAUGCUGCGUUUGCGAUGUAAAGCAAAGAAUGGAACCCAUCUGAUGCAAGGGCUGACUUCAUCAUCCAGUGUCCAAGAGCUGAAAGAUAAAGUGGAAGAGCUAACUGGAGUUCCGUGUGCUCUGCAGAAAAUUAUGGUGGGAUUUCCUCCAGCCUGCCUGGAUCUCCACAAUGGAGAACUAGCUCUCAAGGAUUGUCCUAUCAAAUCUGGAGAUACUUUGAUUGUGGAAGAGGAAAGGGAUGUAGUGAAGACGAAAGCCUCCAUCUCAAAGCUUGGUGCUGACAGUUCAGAUGCGAAUACUUUUCCACACCUGACUCGACAUGUUGUCCCUGCAGACAAUUCCUGUCUCUUCACGAGCAUCCACUAUGUGGUAGAAGGAGGUGUCUGUGAGCCAAGCUGUGCCCCAGAAAUGCGAAACCUGAUCGCCCAGAUUGUAGCAAGUGACCCUGACUCGUACACAGAAGCAGUACUGGGAAAAAGUAAUCGGGAAUACUGCAAUUGGAUUUGCCAGAAUGAUACAUGGGGAGGGGCCAUUGAAAUCUCCAUUCUAUCCAAGUUUUACCGGUGUGAGAUCUGUGUAGUGGAUACGCAGACGGUACGGAUCGACAGGUUUGGAGAGGAUGUCAGCUACACAAAGCGUGUGCUUCUGAUUUACGAUGGGAUUCACUAUGACCCAUUAGAACGACAGUUUGAAGAUCCUGAAACACCGCCACAAACCAUCUUCUCCGCAGCUGAUGAUGUUGUGCUUGCUCAAGCACUGGAGUUGGGAGACGAAGCUAGAAGGAAACGCCAAUUUACUGAUCUGAACAGAUUCACACUGCGCUGCGUAGUCUGCCAAAAGGGCCUGGUGGGUCAGAUAGAAGCUAGGGAGCAUGCUAAGGAGACGGGACACACCAACUUUGGAGAGGUGUGAUGAUCAGAAUAUUAUCUACCUCAUAUGCUGGAAUGUACUGGGAUAAUUCAUCUCAUUAGGAAUGAAAUGGAAUUAUAUGGAUUUUUGUUUUAAACCCUGGGUCGAUUAAACCAUGAGCUGAUCAAAUUGCUAGUUGUUUGGAAAGGUUAGUCCUCACUCCUGAACUUCUGUUUACAUAGUAGGAAUUGAUUUACCCUGAUUAUACUAAUCUAUUACAAAUAUAAGCCUUUUAUUUAAUAUAGUGAAAAAUACUGCCUCAGGUUUGACAUCCAUGAAGAUGACGUUCAUCUUCAUGGAUGGAAGAUUUAGCUUUCUGAGAAGUACGUCAAUUCUCAGCAGUUUCUCCACAUUUUCAUUGUUACUGAAUACAUCUGUAAGUGUGAACCAAACUCGAAACUUUUUGCUGCAAAACAAUCAGCAGAAACAAAAAACACUAGUGAACCUUUUGGAACCCCUUGGUGCAACCACUAAUUUUGGAGGAUUCCUACAACUUAUCAUAGUUCUAUCCCUCCACUGUGAAAGGGGGGUGGUUGCCUGUUAUGUGAUUUAACAACCAUUCUGUGGUCAGCUCAUGGGAAUCACUACACAUCCUGAGAUACCACCUUCAUUUCUAGCUUGUGUUGAUGGCCUCAGACGUUCUUGAAAUCUUUUUUUAAAUCCAUUGUUCAGCUGAGUUGUCAUUUAUUGUACAAUUGCCCAGUAACUCACUUUUCCAACCAAAGGGAAGUUUCACUGAACAGCCCUAAGGCCAGGAAUCUCUACCCUUUAUAGAAAUUGUAAUGGCACAUUGUAUCAAGGACUACGCAAGACGCUUAACCAUAGUAUUACAGAAUUGAGAUCUUGUUGAAUGCUCACUGCAUGUCCCUAAAAAUUCAAAAGCUGUUACAGUGUUGAAUUGUUACUUGAAGAUUAAUGCUAAUUGAUUUAUUUUCCAUUAGAUGUUUGUAUAGACAGAGGCAGCCCUCUGUUGAUGAUACAGAUACCUAAACUGAAUAGCCAAGAAUGAACCUGUCCAGCUGCAGUUAAUAUAUUUGAUUUGAGGAAACAAUCUUUCAAUGAUUUCCUGAUGUGGUUUCUUUGUGAUUCCUCCAUUACCAUGUGGAGAAUUGUCACUUGAACUCAGUUACACUCUCAGAAAACUGUCAAAAGGCAGGUGUAUGAAUGUCCUAAUCCAGAGGUUUCCCAACAAUGAACUUUCAGUUAAUUAAAUGCAUAAUGGUACCAUUGACUCACUUGAUGAGCUGCAAAAGAAUUGAUGGUUUUUCAAAGUCUAAUGAUUAGCAUUUAUUCAUCCUAAUUCAGUAACAAAAUUAAAAUCCUCUCUGCACCUUAACUGGCCCCCAUUUUAAAGAUUACUGUGAAAAAUGGCUUGUAUCUAUUCAGAAUUGGGGCCAUUUUCUGCCAAUGUCACUUAUAGACAUUGGCAAAGAAACUAUUUUGGGAAGCUUUAUCUUUAAAGAUGACUUUAGCAUCAAUUAAAUUAAAAGUUAUGGAAAUGUUUGUUUUGCUACAGGACUAAACUGCUUUAGUAACAAUCAUUUUUUUGUACCAAGUAUGUAUUCAUCAGAGAUGUAUUAAUGUGUAAAUGUUUUAGAUUUUUUAAUAUAUAUAAUUACAUUUUUUAAUGCGUACAUUUUAAAGGAUUAGUAAAAAGUGACAUUUUUGGUGCUAUUAUCAGAAGGAAACAAAUUGUUUUUAUUCUGAAGCUGUCUUUAGAAUUUUUUAGCCUGACACAUUGAUUUGAGUCCACUGCAAAUGAACAAAAGGUUCAGAUGUGAAGGUACAAUUGACAAAUAUUACUACUGGCAAAUCAAACUCACUGUAGGUCCAGCACAUGGAUGAUGGCUUUUAGUUAUUGUUUGUAACUACUAAUAAUAAUUUAAGCAAACGCCUGUUACAGAUUGCCACCUAAAUAUGUGGACAUGCCAAAUUUCAUACCACAGGUUGUUAUAGUCAUUUGAUCUAAAAGGUAAUGCUAGGAAAUCAUUUCGCUUCUUAUUUCAGAUCCUGUCAUAAACAUGCACUUUUGUCUGUUAUGUCCUUGGGUGCAAAGUAAUGAUCUCUUUGUGGCAGCAAUGUGCCUUAUGCCCAAACUCAAACUGAUAGUGUACAGCAUUUCAGAAUACAGUAUUUUGCUGUACCUCCACAGUGGUUUGUCCUUUGUAGAACCUUGUACAAAGGAAGUGGGUUGAAUUGUUUGGGACUAGUUUCACAUCACAGGUUAAAGAGACUCUCCAGUCACCAAUGUGACCUGGAAGUCAAAAGCCUGGUUUUAAUCCUUAGCAGUAACAUUUUUGUUUCAAACUAAACUGCCUCCCUCAAAUACAUCCUCUAUAUAAGUUUACUACUGAAAAAUGAGUCCCAUGGUGCCAUUGCUGUUCAAUCCAAAACCAAUCUCCUGUCAAAUCUUCCUGAACAGAUUUUAUUUUCUAUCCCUUGUUUAAAUGAUUUUCAUCCUCUCAAAAACCUCGUAAUUUUCUUGAAAAUCUCUCUUAAUUUUGAAUAAACGCAUGAGUCAGCAUUCCAAAUCCCUCUGGGAAAGAGGAUUCCUCAUUGCUCUGCCUUUUGGCAAAUAGUUGCACUACUGCUAUAUGUCUGCAAGUGGCAUCUCAAACUCAGAGGGAAUAACCUGUAAAUGCACCAUCAGCAUAGUUCAUGGCAGAAUCAGAUUUUGAAUGUGAGAAGGGGACAUUUCCAUAUUGUUCAUGUUACUGAAAGACUUUUAAAAGAAUUUCAGUGUCGAUGUUCAUUUUAUCAAGUAGCUGCUUGGGAUUAACUAGUUUUCAGUUACAUUCUAUUAAUUUCUAUGAAUCCUAGUCACUGUAGGCCUCUUGAAAUUUAAUAGGAAAAUAGGAGCAGGAGUAGGCCAUUUGCCCCACCUGGUUUGGUCCACCAUUCAAUGUGAUCUUGCCUAAUCAUCCAAAUUUAGUUCCCUGAACCGGCUUUCUUCUCAUAUCCCUUGAUUUCUUUAGCCUUGAAUAUAUUUAAUGACUUGGCCUCAACUGCCUUCUGUAGUACAGAAUUCCACAGGUUCACCACUCUGGUUGAAGACAUUUCUGCUCAUCUCAGUCCUACAGGGCUUGCCCCUUAUCCUUGGACUGUGACCGUGGACUCGCCGACCAUCAUAAACUUCCUGCAUCUUGUCUGUCCAGACCUAUUAAAAAUUUGUAGAUUUCUGUGUUUCCCUCUCAUCAUUCUAAACUUGAGCAAACAGACCUAAUCAAUCCAAUCACUGAAGGCUAGUUGAGGCAUAAUCUGAGUACACACAUGCUGGUGCAAAAGCAAAUAAUGCAAGAAUUCUGAUUUUAAAUAUUCUAAUUCCCUGUUAGAGAUUACUCAUGGAAACAGUUUGAAACAAAACACCAUAGUUUCCUGAUGUCUGUGUUCAUUUCAGAACAACACAGCCCAUGCUAUACACAUCCAAUGUUUACAGCCUGUCUCAAUGGAAGAUUUAGAUUGCUUUUGGGCCCAGUGUAAACACGAGAGCAUUAUGUAAAUUCAGAAGGGAAUUAGAUAAGCACUUCAGGGAAAAUAAUUUGCACAUCUUCAGGGAAAGAACGGUGGGAUUGUCUCCACAAAGAGCCAGCAUGGGGUUGAUGGACGGAAUUGGCACUUUGUGUUAUGACAGGUCCAUCCAUAAAGGGUGUUAGAAAGCAAAAAAUAAUGCGAUAAAUUUCUAGUGACAUUAACAGAAGUGAGCAAUGUCUGACAAAAGCAUGAGAAGUAAAAAUGCUCACGGUGCACUCGUAAUGAAAAGUUAGAUUUGAUGUAUCAAAGAAAUACUUUCUUACAUAAAUUAUUGUGCUACAUUCAUUUGAUAAAUAUUUUAAAAUAAGCUUGAGUGACCUAUUAUUGUACAAUGAAUUGAUUUUUAUUACAGUCCCGCUUUCCUGGAGCUAAACUUGACAGCAGGAUCAUGUAAAGUGUAUGGUUAAAUGUUUAUUACAAGGCAGAUGUGAAACACAACUGAGUUGGCAUGUGGUCUAUGAGCCUUUGGGAAUGUUACAAGCUGGCAACACUUAUUUAAGAUUUUCCUGUGGUGCUAUUUACGGAAGUAUUUUCAAACCCUCAAAAUUCAAGUCCAGCAGGUAUGUUCAGUUGACAACAGAAUUACCCUCCAAACCCUUGUUCUAUGUUCACAUCAAGUAGUUGAAAUUUUAAUUAAACUGCAUGGAAUGAUGUAUUAUGGAAAGAAAAAAGUAAAAAUUAUUGACCAGAAACAUUUCCCAAGGGCUAAACUUGCUCCCUUUGUAUUUUGACCCUAGUGUGGUUUUCAGGAAGUUAUCACGAAAUUACAGCUAAGAUCAAGAAAAGCAAGGCGCAGUAAAGUGGAGACUGCAUAUUGCUAACAGUGACCACAUUUAUUCAGUUUACAAUAUAGACAUGAAUUAUAACUCAUGCAUGUAUUAGUUAAAGCUAUAAUUUGCUAUUUGAGGUUUUUUAAGCCUUAUGUAAAUUAAUUUAUUUUAAAUUAUUUAAUGUGCAAUUAGAAAAAAAAUCAUUUUAAUGGUUUAUGUACACGGAGUUUGAAUUAACAGCUACGCCAGGAAAAGGUCAGUAUAUUUGGCAAUGGAUUAGUGAAUACAUUUUAAUACCACUUUGUGUCAAUCAUUUCUUGUACUGGCCUUUUCUAAAUCUCCCCAACAAAUCCAAGAGGGUUCUAAGCUUCAGUAGAUAAGCUUUAGUUGAGGCUAAACAUUAGGCUUAAUGCAUUGUGGACUAGGAACUUCUUUCAACUGUGAAUCCUGUGAUUAUGUCAUUGAGGUGCUUAAUUUUGGCUCAUUCAUGUAUUUGCACGCUUUCAAAUGAUCUUUUCUGCCUGGCAUUGAACAUUAAAUCUUACCAUCUCGAACAUGAAACUGUGAAGCCUCUUAAAAAAUAAAACAUUAGGUUGAAUAAGGUUCGAAUCAAGAUAAAUGCUAUAUUAGUAUUCUAUAAACUUUGAGUAACAAUGAUUUUUAAACAUGAUUAUUUAGAAUUCUUGUUGGGGAGUAGGAAAAUUGUGUGUAUUUGCUUCUAAUAUUUAAACAAUAUGAUGCCCAAGUAGAUACAAUUGCUACUGAAUCCUGACUGGGAUUCUGUUCAGUCUUGCCAAGUUAUUUUACUAGAUCUGGGUAGCACAGUGGUGCAGCUAGUAGACCCAGGUUCAGUUCUUACUUGGGUGCUGUCUGUGUGGAGUUCGCACGUUCUACCUAUGACCAUGUGGGUAGUCUGCAGGUGCUCUGGUUUCCUCCCACAUCCCAAUGAUGUGCGGGUUGGUAGGUUAACUGGCCCCUGUAAAUUGCCCCGAGUGUGUAGGCGAGUGGUAGAAUCUGGGAGGGGUUGAUAAAAUUGAGGGGAGAGUAAGAAAUGGAACUAAUGUAGGAUUGGUAUGAAUAGGUUGUUAGUUGGUGUUGACUUGGUGGGUCGAGGGGCCUGUUUCUGUGUUGCAUCUGUCUAUAACUCUGACUGUUAUAACGUGAUAGAUGAUCUUGUAUCAAAUCCUUAUGCAGAAGUAGAAGAAAAAGUUUCUUCCCUUAAAAAUAUCAUGCCCUUUAAAUCCAUCCCUUUAGUCCAGUUUUUGGUUUCCUUUUCUUCCUGCCUCUGCACUUGUUCUACGUACAGAAAACAAUAAGCUGCUGGGAGGACAUAGCAGAUCGAACAGCAUCUGUGGAGGCAAAGGGAUGGGCAAUGUUGUGGGUUGAGACUCUGAAUCUGGACUGUUCUUCCAACAAUUUAUUUCUUGCUUUGGAUUCCAGUGUCUGCAGUCACUUAUGUCUCCAUUUGUUUUGUAUACUGUAUAUGCUUUUGUUCAUAUGUCAAAGGCACUGUAUAAGUAGAAGCUGCUGCUAUUACUGGGAAUCACAAUUAGUUCAAGACUUGUGCUUAAAGUGGAAGGCUGGAGUUAUUUUGUUUACAUACUCUGGCUAGUUAUCUCAGGCACUUAAUAUAAAUGAUUUAAUUGUUGUUUAUAGCUAAUUGUCAAAGCCAGCUAAAUUGUUUGAGUGGAAUUAGUUUUAAAAUUAUAUAUAAUUUAAACUUGUUUAGGUUCUGAGUGGGCCACUUAUCUACUUAUCAGAGCUGUUUUAGAGAGAAAGUUCAAUGGAGCUACCAGCAAUUUUGUUUUAUCCUGAUUUAAUGGGUGCCAAAUCACAGGAUGUGGAAAAAAAAGCAGGAGAUGUAGUAAUCCAACCAAUGAAAUCCAGUGUGUUAGGAUCUUUCCGUUAGGAUAAAAGAGUAUGUGCAAGAGUUUCAAAGCAUUGCUAUAAAUGAAUGCUUGUGUGAAUUGGCCAGAAGUUACCACAUGCUCAUGUUAUGGCAUGGAGAUAGUGCCGAUGUCUUUAGGGAUUAUGGGUGGAAAGUCACAUCUAAUUACAUUUUAUUAAAGGAGAUGACAUCAAAAGUCAACUCCAGUGGAAACAUGAUAUGGUCUGCAUGCAUUUUAACAAAACAUUUGGUGAAAAUUCCGUAUGGGGGUAUUGAUGGAUCUGACAACUUGUGUCACAAAUGAUUGGAACUUGCAGUUCACUAUUUAUCAGAUUUGUAUGUAUAUGUUUAGCAACUAUACCCUUAUUUUGCAGCUAUGGCCCCUUAUUCAUGACUUUCCCCACUAGUGGAAGCAUCUUAACAUCUGCCCUGUUGAGCCCCCUUAGAUCUUGUAUAGUUGAAUAAGGUAACCCCCUCCUAAAUUCCCAUGGAAUACAAACCCAAAUUGUCUAGCCUUCUCAUUCCCAGGAACUGGUCUGUUGAAUUUCCUUUGGUCUUUCUCCAACGCCACUACAUCCUUUUUUAAGUAGGGAAUAGACAACGUGGUAGGAUACUUGGAGGUGUAGAGGAAAAGCAGGAUCUAGCAUCCAUUUGCACACACCUCUUGAAAGGAAGAUGGUUAAGAAUACUUGUAUUUAUUGGUCAAGGACAGGGAGGUGUAAUGGACCUGUAUAAAGCAGUAGAUGUUGUAGAAUACUGUAUACAGUUCUGUCACCACACUGCAUGAUGGAGUUGAUAGCCCCAGAAAAUUGCAGGGACUGUUGCAACAUCUGGAGAAUUACAAUUGUGAAGACAGAUGGUUUAUGUUAGGAUCACUUGGAACGAGGUGGCUGAGGAGAGAGCCUGGGCCAGAUGUACAGACAACAGCAGAGAAGUCAGUUGGUGAAAAGUUAGGGAGAUCAAUACUUUCACAGGAAUAGUGGGGUUUAGAACUUUCAGUGAAAGGGUGAAGAAGGUAGAAAUUCAUCAAAUUUAUCAGGUACCUGGGCGUACAUAUAAAGCAUUGAAACCAGCAAGCCAUUUACCCAGAGCUAUAUCUCAAUGCAAGUUCCAUUAUUGAUAUACUCCUAACAAGUUGUCAGUUUUAAUUGAGGUACAUUAAACCCCCCUUCAAAGAUGUUGUCAAUUAAAACUUUAAAUACCGAAUUGGAAAAAUUGACUUCCAAUGCUAAAUUCUGUACUUGGAUUAAUCUUUUGGUAUAUCGACUGUGUUGGUCACCUUAUGUUGUAGGUUCUAGUGAUUUUCCUGGUUGACUGCGAACUUCACAAAUCUGAGACUGAAACAAUCUCGUUUUCGAGAUCAUGAACACUAAAACCUGACUUGUUUCACAGACCUUGGAAUGUUCAAUGACUACUGUUAUAUCCAUUUAAAAAAGCAUUAGUCCCAAGUGCACCAAAAUUGCUUUUCUUAUUUUGGGGAAUUAACUUUGACUACUGCCAGCUGCUGAUCCUGCAGUCAAAAAAAGAUCUCAAGCCUUGCAAUUUUGAAUCAUAAGUAUUAAUACCAAUAAAUUUUUAAAGCUACUCUCAGAUUUUAAAAAAACAGCAUUGGAAUCCCUCAGCGGGUCGGGCAGGAGCUGUGGAGAGGGAACGAGAUCGCAUUUGCAGGGUUGCAUUUUUUUUUCUUUCACUGCUAUUAAUUUGGUUGAGGUUUUGAUAUUUGGUGUGUGCAGAGUUUAAUGUUUGCUUGGUGUUCAUGAAUAUAAGAAAACGAAUGUGAUCCCGGUGGUUUUAGGUCUGCUACAGGAAAUCCAGUAAGAAAAUAUAUGCAGCUUUUAAUCCUUGGUCAACAUAAUGAGCUGAAUCCUGUUGGCCAAUGUAAGCAGAUCAGGACUUUGAUGUAUGCAUAUUCAAAUGUGGAAGUGCAAACUCGCUGGCAGAUUCUGGAUAAUGAGUCGAACUGGAGUUGAUCCCACUGCUGAACCCUUCAAUGUGUCCAGAAGCGGAGUACAAAGUUGCUGAGAUUUCCCAGUACAUCUGCACUUAGAGCAAGCCCCAUUCAUUUCAGCAGAGAUGUUAUAGCUGUGAUGAAGAAAGUGUAAGAAUUAGCUAUGUUGCAUUUAUAAUUACUUUGUUUCUUGGAAUUUUUAAUAUUUUCUUAUUUUUUAAUGGUUAUUUCAUUUUUAAUAGCUUUUGAAUGUUUGCAAAUAUCAGCUUUGACAGAGUAAAAUUUGGGGAGUAGCUUUGGCAUGUGUCAAAUGUCGUCUUAGUUUCAAGGGCAGAGUUUUCUCUGGCCCUUCCACCUGACCUAAUGGGGCACAGGGUCCUGUUGAUUAGGUUUAUGAUACACUCAUUCAGGAGGAUCAGAACCAAGUAAGUGUGGGGCGAGGGGGUAUAAACCAGUCAGUGAGUGUGGGUGGCUGGGUCCACUGAACACAAUGGUAAAGAAGAAAAAGCUGGAAAAUCAAAAUGUAAACUACAAACAAUGGAAAUAUUCAGCAGGUACUCUGGAGUGGGAAAGCUAUUUCAGUUCAAUGAUGUAUGAAAGGUCAAUAACCUGAAGCAUUGACUUUCUCCACAGCUGCUUCCUGAUUGAUGAGGUAUUUCCAGCAUUUCCUGUCUUUAUUAAAGAUGGUGACAAGUUGGUGCGUGUGGGGCCUGAAUAAAAAUGCAGCAGUUGUUUCAUGUGAAGUUUACAUAAAGCUAAAAGAUUUUUAUCUUUUUACCUUAUGAUCUAGGAGUAGAGCAACAAGAUAUCAAAGUAAAGUCAAAAACUUAGAGGGAAGUCUUAUAUGGUAUAGCUGUAUAGUGAUUAUUUCAGAAUGAGGAUUUUAGUUGGCCUUAAAUAGUAUUAUUUGGAUAUGGUGCGGACUUCAGUGUGUGCCUACACACAGCACACGAGAUGAGGUCAUUGCAUCUUGCCCUUUUCAGACUUGAUUGCACAUUGUCCAUCCUUGGUUGGUUGAAACCAGUAUUUGUUAAGGUAUUUUGAAUGUGUCAUUUCAUUCCUGCUUCUUUCCCAAGAACCUGAAACUGAAAAAUCAGAGCUGAAUGCAACAUGUGUCCAAAACAGGUGGUGUCAUUUAAACCAUUUCAUAAAAAGGUUGUGAGGAAAAAUGUGCAGCUAGAAUGCUUAUACAAUCAAAUGUAAUUAAAGCUAUUAUUGAAACCAGUGUUGGGCAAUGCAUUUAAAUGUUAAAGUGAUUUCUCUUCAAUGAGCAUUAUCUACAUUAAAUAACAAACUGAGUUUCUAAAGAUGGGUAUUCCUGUUUACUGGAUUUGGGGCAGAUGUGCUAACAGCGAAGUGUAAAACUGGUACUUCCCAGGACUCGUCCAGGAAUCUAUGGAUUGUUGAGCUUAAUCAUAUUUCGGCAUGUGUGCAAAUUGUUCAAUGAUAGUUAUUUAUGCAGUAAAAAUGCAAUGUGAUUGUAAUAGAAGUUUCAAAAAGCAUUGUGAAAUUUGCCCAUAUUUCAGACAUUGUUACCAAAAAAUAACUUGAGCAUUUAGCUAGUUGUUCAUAGUUCACUGCAGUUACAAGUACCUAUAUGCCAUUUGAUGAAACAAAAAUCCUUGUGAACUUAAUUGUACCUAUGCCUGCUCUCUGGCUGUAUCUGGUCAUCUAUAAUUUAUAC